AUGGUUGUCUUCAAAGCGCGCGGUUUAAUGCCCCCCGUUUUUACUCCGCUAAAUGACGAUCAGACAGUCAACUAUGAAUUGAUCCCUGCUUAUGCUGAUUACCUUUCAAAGGCCGGUAUUAAAUCCGUACUUGUUGGCGGCACGACGGGCGAACACAUGUCACUCAGCGUUGGCGACAGAAAGAAGGUGAUCGAUUCAUGGGUGAAGGCUGCGAAAACGACCGGUCUGCAUAUUCAGGUGCAAGUCGGCGGGGCGCCUUUAGCUGAUGUCUUGGACUUGGCUUCAUAUUGCGAGAGGGCUGGUGCCGACUCCCUUCUGACCCUCCCAGAACUGUACUUCAAACCGCAGGAUGUGAGCGAACUUGUCGCCUACGUGGAGCUGGUGGCGAAGGCAGCGCCGAAUCUUCCCGUACUCUACUAUCACAUACCGAGCAUGAGCAAAGUUGAAAUUAACAUGCCCGCAUUCGUGAAGGCAGCGACGGCUCGUAUCUCCAACUUCAAGGGCAUCAAGUUCACAUCCAACGACCUGAGUGAGGGCGCUCAGGUGCUGAGGGCACUGCGCGACGACCAGGAGAUGUUCCUUGGUGCCGACACCUUGAUCGCUCCAGCUGCGCUGUUAGGCAUAAAGUCCAGUAUUGGCACCACCUGGAACUUAUUCCCGAAACUGGCGCAAGAAAUACUGGAAGCAGUUGAGAAGAACGAUGUGUCAAAAGCUAGAGAACUUCAGGAGAAACUUAGUUUGGCUAUAGAAGCGCAUACAGCUGAAGGUGCUUGGGUGCCGAUAAUGAAGGCCGGCAUGGAGAUCAUCUCCGGCAUCAAAGUGGGCCCGCCGUCGUUGCCGCAGCGGCCCAUAUCGGAGGAGGCGAGGAAGAGGAUCGAAGACAAACUGAGGGGACUGAGAAUCAUAAAC